CGCAGGUCCGUUCCUUGUCACGGCGGUGAAUGCGGGAGAUUGCUUCCCUGGCAACGCCUCCUGCCGUGAAACCACACACACUCGUUGCGCGCUGCUGUCCUUGCGGAAUAGGGACUGUGAAGCGGCAUUGGCCCGAUUCGACAUUGAGAGUGCCCCUCCACACUGCGCCCUGGUCUUGCAGGUGCAUUGCUUUGAUCGCAGCGGGAACAUCUCUGCCAUAAGUAUCACACGUCCAAAGACUUGACGGCAACCGCGUUUCGUGACUCGAGAUCCACCUGGGCCAUGAUGCGUCUCUUCGCCAUUUCACUUAUCCUUCUCAAUGCGGCUACAGCUCUCGGUGCCGCGACCUGGAAUGCGGAACCCUUCAAUCCCGCCUCUGUUCCACUUGCUGUCAGGUCACCCUACCUCUCAGCAUGGCUUGCUCAAGGUCAAGGCACAGCGCUCAACGACGCGUGGCCGACGUUCUGGACUGGCUCCAUCCUCGGAUGGGCCGGAUUGGCCAAGGUGGAUGGCCAGGCUUACAUCUGGAUGGGACAGCCUGGUAUCCCCAAUGUUAAUACAACCAAGGCCACGCAACAGAGUUUGCAGAUCACUUCCACCCAGAGCGUGUUUGUAAUGACGGCAGGACCCGUCGAUCUUACUAUAACUUUCCUCAGCCCAAUUGAGCCUUCAGACUUCGUGAACCAGUCCCUUCCUUUGUCCUACUACUCGGUAUCUGCGGCGUCGACUGACGGCAAGUCGCACAGCGUACAAGUGUAUGCAGAUAUCAGCGCGGAAUGGGUGAGCGGCGACGACACCCUCAUCGUCAACUGGGCUACAACAACCGGGGAUGUGCUCUCGCAUGAGGUGAAGCUGGCUAUCCAGACCACGUACACCGAGAUCAACGAUCGCAUCCAACAGGGUUCUGCCUUCCACUCUACGCUCAACACGGUCGGUGCCACUUUUCAGACUGGUGAAGAUGUUGUCGUCCGAGCCCAAUUCGCUACCAAUGGGACGCUUUCGAAUACGCAAGACACAUCAUUCCGUGCCGUAAGCGACCGCUGGCCCGUCUUCGCCUUUGCGCAUGACCUCGGUGCCGUCACGUCCGCCACGAGUCCUGUCGUCUAUUCCAUCGGCCAUGUGCGCGAUCCCGUGGUCCAGUACAUCAUCGUGAACGCAGAUACGCAAGCUCGGAGUUCGUACUUCUGGACACGCUUCGCUAGCAUCGGCGAUGCAAUCUCGACCUUCCUCAACGACUAUCCUAACGCUCUAGCGCGAGCCAAUGCGUUCGAUGCUCAAGUCAAGUCUGAUGCUAGCAAAAUUUCAGCCGACUAUGCAUCUCUUGUGGCCUUGUCCAUCCGGCAAGCCUUCGGAGCUACCGAGAUUACCGUCACGAAAAACAACGACGGCUCGCUCGAUAAUUCAAACACGCUGAUGUUCAUGAAGGAGAUCUCCAGCGAUGGGAACGUCAACACUGUGGACGUCAUAUACCCCUCUUGGCCCUUGUUCCUCUACACCAACGCGACUCUCGGCAAGCAGCUGCUUCUUCCCCUGUUUGAAUAUCAGACGACAGGGCAAUACCCCAACCAGUAUAGUGUACACGACAUGGGCGCGCAUUACCCCAAUGCCACCGGCCACAACGAUGGCAAAGACGAGGCUAUGCCGGUCGAAGAGAGCGGCAACAUGCUCAUCAUGACGCUCAGCUACGCCCAGCGGACAGGCGAUCUAUCUUGAAUCAAAAUUUACUUCAGCCUACUCGACCAAUGGACUCAGUUCCUCAUCACGGACUCUUUGAUUCCCGCCAAUCAGCUCAGCACAGAUGACUUCGCAGGCGCCUUGGCGAACCAGACGAACCUCGCGAUCAAGGGCAUCAUCGGAAUCCAAGCGAUGGCUGAGAUCGCGAAACUCAACGACGACGAGGCGCGAGCCUCGAACUACAGCUUGAUUGCAGCCUCGUAUGUACAACAGUGGCAGAAGUUGGCUACGUCUUCCGAUGGUUCCCAUUUGACGCUCUCGUAUGGCGAUAGCAACAGCUGGGGUAUUGCAUACAACCUCUACGCCGACAAGCUACUCGGGACGAACAUCUUCCCGUCAUCCGUGUAUGACAUGCAGACCGCGUGGUAUGCUGAGAAAGACAACGCAUUUGGCGUACCGCUCGACACCCGCCACACGUACUCCAAGUCCGACUGGCAAAUUUGGACGGCGGGUACCGUCACCUCGACAACCGUCCGAGACCAGUUCGUCAGAGCCGUACUGAACUACGCCUCAGAUGCAAAGAACAACCAGCCUCUGGGCGACUUGUAUGACACGAUCGACGGCACCCAGGUAGCGAACUCCGGCCACGCGCGGCCUGUCGUUGGGGGCCACCUCGCUUUGCUCGCGCUUGCGAAUGCUCCCACCGGCUCAGCCACAGGCCCCACGGGAACUACUGGGGCUACGGGCGCGACAGGCGCGACAGGCUCCAGCGGCUCGAACUCCACGAUAGACACAAAUGGAUUGAACCCCGCGAACUCGGGCCUGUCGCAUGGUCAGAGUGACGGCUCGACGUUGUAUGUCUCGCUUGGCACUCUGGCCGCAAUCCUCCUAGCAGGCGCUCCUUUGUAAGCUGCACACGAAUAUGCGACGCUUUCUCCUUUAUCGGUAGGCUUUUGUGUGCUUUAUGUGCAUUAGAGGCGCGUGGUGGUGAUCCUCUCCAAAGCCGAUAUUUCUUCAUACCGUU